AUGGAGUACAGUGUUGUUGAAUUUACUGAUGGCAUCAAUCUAGUUCCUACAAUUUGGUUAACUGCAGAUCGCAGAAAAUGUCAUUGGCCUUUAAUUGAAAACAAAAUGAUUUAUUCUAAAAUGGUGUCAAGUCAAGUUGUGCCUAGAUCUAAUGAUCCAUCUUGGGGAAUAUAUCCUAUCAAAAAAGUUUUGUGCAGAACAAACACAUACCAAGAAGGAAUGCAUAAACUAAAAAUAGCUGAAAAGUAUUCAGAAGUAGAAAGUGCUAGUGAUGCAGAUCCUAAGGCUAAACGAGCUAAAAGGCAGUUAAGAGCAAAAAAAAACUUGUUUGAUAACUUGUCCGAAUCUGAUUCUGAUAGUACUACAAGCAACCAUAAAUAUGAUGAUAUGGCAAAUACAAAUUUAUUAAAAACUCAAUCAACUUCUGAAGACCAAACUCAACAUAAUAUACAUGAAGAUGUAACAAUUUCUCAGUUUCCACAGUUUCCAGAUCCAAUCGUGGAAACAAAGAAUUUCACUCCUAAAUCGCUGACAAAAACACAACAUAGUUAUACACUUAUUGAAGAUACAUUAAUUUCACAGCUAUCAAUAUUUCCAGAUCAAACUGAUGAAACAAUUAUUUCUACUCCUAAAUCGUUGACAAAAAUUUUUACUGCUAAAGAAGUGUAUAAAAUGCUUUCAAAAAUCAAUUCAGAAAUAAUACAAGUGCGCGAAGAAAUUGCCGAUGUCAAAGAACAUGUAUUACAGCAAAACAGAUCUUCUAACGAUUGUUUAAAUAGUACAGAACUUGCGAGCAGUACUCUAACUUUUGAUACAAAUCUCCCAUAUUUGACUGAUAAUCAAUUUAAAGCAGCUGAAAAUAAAAUAAACGAUCCUGCAUGUUUAACUUUAUUGAUUAUGUCGGUGAAUGAUCUCAAAAGAUUGGGAGGAACGGAUUACGAAGAUGUAGUUAACAAUGCACUAGCAUAUGUAAUUUCUAAUCAGUUAGCUUGUCAGUACAGUUGGAAAGGAAAAAGGUCAAAAAGUUCAUUCAGCAAUGAAUUUAAGCAAUUUAAUAAAGCCAUUUUAAUACUUGUUCGUUUGACUAAACCUGAUCUAACAAAUAAAAUGUAUGGAGAAAUUGUUGCCAAUUGGAUAAAUCAGAGAUUAAAGACAUCAAAGAUGAAUUCUUAA